GGAAGUAAAAUCAAAACUCUGAAGAAGACCAGUCUGCCAGUGAACAAUCUGGAUGCUGAGGACUCAUAGUCGUAACGCUGAACCAGUUAUCUGCCUAGGGAUCCAGAAACUAAAGGUCGAUUGCCAGAUCUCCGUCUAGUUAUGAAUUCAGAAAAACUAUUACAUGUCGCUAACUUUAGCACACUGUUUGUGUGCAUGGUGCUGAAGUUUCCGCAAAUAUUUGUUUUGAUUCGCGCGAAAUCCACCACAGGAAUCAGCAUCAACAGUCUUCUGCUGGAGCUCACGGGGUUCAUUGUCUUUGUCACCUACCAGAUGUACUAUGACUACCCACCCCCAACAUACCUGGAGUACCCAAUCCUCAUUGCUCAAGAUGUCAUUCUUCUGCUUUUGAUUCUACAUUACAAUGGCAGUCUGAAGCAGAGCCUGAUCUAUGCAAUUGUGUUUUUGGGGGGCUGGCAACUACUUACUGUGGAGAAGUGGAUAAUUGACUUGGCCAUGAGCCUGUGUACAUUCAUCAGUGCUGGCAGUAAAUUUGCCCAGCUCCAGUGCCUGUGGCAGUCCAAGGACUCAGGCCAGGUUAGCGCCCUCUCCUGGGCUAUGGCCACCUACACAUGUUUUGCAAGGAUUUACACAACCACUGUGACAACCGGAGACAUGCAGGUUCUGGUGCGAUUUAUUAUCAUGACGGUGCUGAAUUCAUGGGUUUUGGCUACAGUGUUGUACUACAAGAAACACGCUGGAGAUGUCCAGAAGAAGCAGGAAUAAAUAUUAGACCCCAACCAAACCUGACAAUUGCUACCUCAGGACUGUUAACCACAUUCUCACAAUUUAGGCUGACAGUGGACUGUGUGGAACAACUGUGUGGAGUCUUUUGGUAAAUCUAACAAUUUUCUGUAUGAAAAAUUAUUAGGGUGUUUUAAAAAUGUUUUGUAGCAUAUUCUUUUUUACCUGAAACAGUCACACGCUUCAAAAACGUUCCAUUUAAAUUUGUAUUUAACAGCUGGUCAACUUAGUGCCAACAAUUGUUUUAUAUUCAAGUGAUCUGUACAUUUCUCAGGAUAAAAUAAAUGAAACCUUUUCCUUUUCUAAAAAUGUGAAUAAAACCAAACACUUUGAAA